AUGGAUAAUAAGCAAAAGAGGAACCUAACCUUUCUAACCAUCGGGCUGAUAUUCAUGCUGAGCGGCAUAGAGUACGCUGUCAUUCUACCUACAAUAUGGAGGUACCUGCAGAUUUUAGAGGCUCCACCUUACUUCCUGGGUCUGGGUCUGUCUGCCUUCAGUCUGAGUGGGCUGCUCACAGGUCCACUUUUCGGAUUGUGGUCGGAUCGCUGCAAAACCACAAAAUUCAUUAUCCUAUUCUCCAAUCUUUUUGAGAUUGCUGGUAACUUCAUGUAUUUCAUUGGCUAUUCGAAGUGGCUGUUGUUAUGCAGUCGGCUUGUGGCAGGUAUCGGUGCAGGAGCGGGCUCCUCCAUUUUUGGUUUCCUCACGCGGAGCACUCUGCCAGAGGAGCGUGCUGGUAUCUUUGCGGCCGUCAUGGCCUGUCGACAAGCUGGCCUCCUGGUUGGGCCAGCGUUCAACUUGUUCCUGCGGCUGUGUGAUUUCAAACUGGGGCCCUUUGUUGUGAACAAGUAUACUUCCCCUGGGAUCUUUAUGUGCCUAUUGUGGGUGUUGGUCCAGUUUGUUGUGCUGGCAAUGUAUUGGGACCUACCACCCGUCAGUUCAGAAGGUGGAGCCAUAAUGAUGGAGACGAAAGAGGAGGAAGGAGAGGAGGCGCCGUUGAUGGGGUCAGAUGAGGAGAUGGCGCAGACUUACAGAGCUGUAAACUCCGACCAAGUGGAGACUUCCACCUCGCCUGAGCUUCAGCCCGUCCGGGGAACCUCGAACCCGUUCAAGAACUUCAGCGCCAGCAGCGAGUUCCUGAGAGAGGAGGUGGUUGUGGUCCUCACGGCCCAGUUCGUCACUCUGUUCAACCAGACGGCGCUGGAGACCAUGGUGACACCUCUGACGCAGCGCUACUUCAGCUUCGGCGAGCUGGGCAACAGUCUGAUGUACAGCCUGUGUGGGGUGGAGGUCAUCCUGGGCUUCUUCUUCGUGCGCUGGCUGAGCGGGAAGGUGGCGGACCGUGCCGUGCUGGCCGUGGGCCUGGUCAUCUGCUGCACCGCCUGUGUCUGGUGCCUCAUUUUCCUCUGCGACCCCCGAGGUGGUUAUGGAUGGGAGCUGUCGGCCUUCAUCAUCGGAGUGUUCCUGCAGCUGCUGGGGCUUCCCUUCGUGGCCGUGUCUCAGGUGUCUCUCUUCUCCAAAGUCACCGCGGAGAAAACGCAAGGAUUCAGCCAAGGAGUCAGACGCUCGGUUGGAGGCCUGGCCACCAUCCUUGGGCCUUUGUGGGCCGGAGGGCUGACCAAUAAUUUGUACAUCAUGUUGGGCAUGAUGCUGGCUCUCCUUGUAAUGAUCACGGUUAUGACAGCGCUGUCCUACGAGCGGCUGGCUGAGCCCAGGGCGGUGCAGUGCGCCCACAGCUCCGACAGCGGAGGAUAGAGCCGCGGCCUGAAUGACGAGCAGCAGCAGAGGGCUGAAGAUGGGGUCCAGGGAAUGCCCUUCACUUCAGAGAGAAUCAAUCCAAGUUUUACUGCAGAGGAAAGUGUGUGACUGUGGGAUAAAAAAAAUGUUCAAAGCGCUUCGCGGGUGAAGCACCACGCGUUUUGAAGCUCCACACAGUCUCCCAGCCAUCAGUUUGCAUCAGAAUCUACCACAAGUUUCCCCAUUACUAUCAGACGAUUAAUUACAUUUUACACAAGGGGGCACCAUUGCUCUCGUGUUGAAUAUUCAGAGGUUUAAUUGAAGAUGAAAGCCAUUAUUUUUAAACUCAACUAUUUAUAUUCCCAGGUAUUAGGAGGAAAAACGAUAGAGAGCAGCUCGUACUGCGUGACCCGUGUUUCCGAAUAUUUUGUCUUUCCCUCAGUCUUCCUUCCUGUGAUAAAACAGAAAUCUCUCUGAAAAUUGAAACAGUUGACACAAUGAGUGCAGAUGUGGAGUUAGCAGCUCCCUGUCAGAGCCGCUGACAGGAGUAGCGCGUCAAACAGAGCGAGGCUUUACAGUUUUGUAUGUAUUCCAAAACCAGACACUCAUAUUUAAUCCUUGCAUGUCAUUAAAACCAGCUUGUUGUUACUCCUAUUCAUCUCACUCAAAUGGCACUGUUGUGAAUUAAAA